GUCGGGCCGGUCCCUCUGCAGGGGGGAUCCUCGAGCAUCGUCCCAAAAUCGUCGGGGGACGAUGUUUGGAAUAUUUUUUGACCAUUUGGGGGUAUUUUUGGUGUUUUCUUUUUAGAUUUCGCCCAAAGUCGGCCUGUAGGGGGGGACAGGCCCGACUUAAACCGGCGGGCCGCCUGCCGCCUCCGCUCGGGCAUGGUCGCCGCCGGAGGCGCUCACACGGUCCUGCUCCUGAGCGAUGGGUCGGCCGUGGCCUGCGGCAGCAACGAAGCUGGUCAGUGCGACCUGCCCGCGCUCUCCGGAGGCCUCGUCUACACACAGGUCGCAGCCGGACAGCAACACACGGUCUUGAUCAGGAGCGACGGGUCGGCCGUGGCUUGCGGCGACAACUGCGCCGGUCAGUGCGACCUUCCCGCGCUCGAGGGAGGCCUCGUCUACACCCAGGUCGCAGCCGGAGAGCUCCACACGGUCCUGCUCAGAAGCGACGGGUCGGCCGUGGUCCGCGGCAACAACGGCGCUCUUCCGCGCGCCGUUCCCGCGCUCGAGGGAGGGCUCGCCUACACCCAGGUCGCAGCUGGAGCCUUCUACGACGCCCUGCUCCUGAGCGACGGGUCGGCCGUGGGCUGCGGCCACAACGGUGAUGGUCAAUGCGACUUUCCCGCGCUCACGGGGGGCCUCGCCUUCUCCCAGGUCGCAGCCGGAGAGUUCCACACAGUCUUGCUCCAGAGCGACGGGUCGGCCGUGGCCUGCGGCGACAACGGCGCUGGUCGGUGCGACCUGCCCGCGCUUACGGGAGGCCUCGCCUACACCCACGUCACAGCCGGAGACGCCCACACGGUCCUGAUCAGGAGCGACGGGUCGGCCGUGGCUUGCGGCAACAACGAAGCUGGUCAGUGCGACCUUCCCGCGCUCGUGGGAGGCCUCGCCUACACCCAGGUCGCCGCCGCUGGCGCCCACACCGUCCUGCUCCGCAGCGACGGGUCGGCCGUGGCCUGCGGCCACAACGGCGACGGUCAGUGCGACCUCCCGGCGCUCGCGGGAGGCCUGGCGUGCGUGGCGCCUUCGCUGCCCACGCUGCUCCUGCAGGCGUCGUUCGACGGCGCCGCGGUGCGGUUCCUCACCCUGGGCGGCCAGGAGCGCUGCCGAGUCGCGGCGGCGCCCGGCGUCCUGCUGGCGGACGUGCGCGAGCAGCUGGUGGCGGAGCGUCGUGCGGGCAGGCUGGGCCCCGGGCUCGCGCGGGUCGACGCGGCCCUGCCGGAGGGGCGGCUCCUGAGCGAGGCCCCGGGCGAGGAGACCGUCGCGAGCGCCUUCGGGCUCUGAAGCGAGGGUGGGCGGGCCAGCGCCGAGCGUGAGCGGGGCGGCGGUGCUCCCUGGGCGCGAGCCUCCCCUCCGCCUCUGCACCCCCCCUGUUUCACCCGCCUCCUCCUCGUCGUUCUCCCCCCUUUUCCUUUCCUCGCCUUGUCUACUGUCUGUGCUCCUGCCUCUCCUCC